CUCGCACCAUCCCUCUCACUCUCAGAACUAACUUCAAACGACAAACAUCUCCCAGAUCUUACCACUUACCACUUUCGGAGUAAAAACAAAUCCAGCAUCUUCGAAGUUUUCACAGAACUUGAUUGUUGUCUCUGCGCUUCUUCUCUCAAUAUGGAAUUAUCACUUGGUGCUCCAGUUGUUGUCACGUUUAUGGCUGUUCUGGCCAGCAUCACUACUGCUGCUCCUCUUGAUGCUGAUUUUGACUUACAAAUGGAUAUUCUUGAUAAGAUUGGAGUUACAGAUCCUUGGAACUUUCCUUCAGUGGAUGCGAGUACGAUUUCGGUUCCCGACCAUCUCCGAUUCCAGUACGAGUCGUUGCAUCGUCAGCAUCGCAUUCGCCGAUCCUACAUUGCGAAAGGAAUUCAUAAAAACGAAGAAAUUUACGGAGAUGUGUCGUACACCGAGCGCAACCGACAGCACUUCACGUUCGACAUGUCUGCCAUCCCCGAGGGCAGCGAGGUCAUCAUGGCUGAACUCAAGGUCUACAAGGAGCGACCCAAUCAUUCCAUCUUCAAACCCGCUGUCGAGGACGGCGAGGGUCCAGCACCCCCACAUCCAGUCAACCACGGCCACGUCCACUCCGCCCUGGUCUCUGUCAAGCAACUCAUCCAUCAAGAGAUCGAUUUGAAUUCAGACCCAGCCGACCUAGCAGCUGAUGUUGCCAACCAACAUAACGGCUUCAGAACCAUAACAAUUGAUCAGAGAGAGGUGAAUCUUAACGGCUCUGGCUGGAAGGUCUUUGACAUCACCAACACAAUCCAGACAUGGGUAGCGGAUCCCGACACCAACCUGGGCGUGGCAUUCCACAUCGAUCCAAUCGAGGGAGCUCAUCACGCCCGGCAGGUGGCCAACGAGAUCGUCUUUGCUACUGACUUUUAUCCUGAGACCCCAACUUCCCCUGAUAGCAGACCAGUGCUUGUCAUCUACACGACUAAAUACAAAGCAAGUGACGAACCAAACGAGUGCCGAUACGAAGGCGAAGAAGAACACCGCUGUUGUCGCCGCCGAAAGUACGUCGACUUCCGCGACCUCUCGUGGACAAGCCGGUGGAUCAUCGAACCAGCUGGCUUCGAGGCUUUCGACUGCUACGGCCCGUGCCACAACCCACGUAGUCGUCACAUCAGGGAUAUCUUCAGUCUUCCAUUCUUUGCUUCAGGAUCCACCAGGAAUGGAGGAGGUGGCCGUCGGACCUGCGGAGCCUCUAGGUCAUCGUCGUUGCCUAUGAUGUACUUAGCAGAAACAGCGAGCGGCACCGUCGAGCUCAAAGUAGAGGAGAUCCCGAACAUGAUCGUCGAAGACUGCGGCUGCUUAUUAUGAUCCAGACCUUACGGAUUUCUAUAUGAACACGAACAAUUCAGUAAUGACUCCUACAAUAUCAGAAGAUGAAUUCAUAUCGAACUGAAAGCGACUGCAAAGGAAACCUUUUUAUUUAUAGUGUGUGUUUGCUGUAGUAUGUCUGAAAUAGUCUAAAAGACAAAUACUUAUUGAGUAUAAGAGUAUACUCGUUAUACAUGGGUAUGGUUGCAUUCAUGAGUUUUGCAACAUUUUAUAAACUUGAUAUUAAUGAAAAUCCAAACUGUAAAUAUUUUUGCCAUAAAUUAUUAUAUAAUCUAUAUUCUAUAAACUA